AUGGACCUACAGCAUGAGAAUAGCGUUUCUCUUCGUUUUGAAAGGGUUAUCGCACAUUUUUUGGAUGGAAUUCCUAGGCCCUUUCUCAAAAUUGUCUCGGAUGUGGAACAUGGCGUGACUUUUGAAUUUUGUUCGGUAGGGUUUCCACCGGACUAUACUGGUCUAACAGAGUCAGUUCAGUUUCCCGAAUUUCGAGAAAGUCAGUCUUUUGCUCCUAUUUGUUUAUGGCAUUGUGGUCCCUCAACACCCAGUUCUAGAAUGGGAGCCCACUAUUCACCUUAUGUUGGGACAUUUCGUUUCAAUGGAAAGGGAGUUUAUUUUCAAAAAAAAGUAUCCGAUUUAAAACGACACGUUCUGAGAGUUCCCACUGAGACUUGCGAACUAAAGGGGACGAUGUCAUCUAAAUUUGACCGGGAUUUGCGCACUUCGCUUUUUAUUGAUUUUUAUGAGAGAAUUGCAGAAAAUCAAUUAGUUCAUGAGAGAGAAAGCCUACGACGCAUCGUUGUUUUAUCAACCCAAGGUGUAUCUGAAGAAUACAGUGGUCUUGUUGAAGAAAUAGUCUGUGAGAUCAAGAGGCUUUACCUCAGAGCCUGUGGUCAUUUUAUGUAUCAAUACAUGAAUCGGAAUUUGCUAUUCCGUCGAAUUGUAUCCCCUCUAUGCUUAAGUGAGCCAGACAACGACUGUUUGACUUCUAAUGGGAAAGGGAAAACUGAUGAUUUUCGUUUUGAACUAGCGUUGCGUUUCAAAUCAUCAAUUUCCUACUUGGGAGAAUCGUUACCAUGGAGCAGGAAAACCCAUCAGUUUUUUUCAGGCCUUCAAGAGUUAUGGGUAAAUCGAUUUGGUAGACUGGCUAUAUUUGAUAUUAACACGAAUCAUUGGAGAACAAAUGCUGAUGCAUUUUUAGCUAAUCUUGGAUGUUCGAUGCGAGCUGCUUUUACUCGGAUAAGAAUUGAGUUUUAUACUCAGUUAGAAAUGCUUUUAUUUACAGGAAAUUUGGGAUUGAUACAAUUUGCUUCAUUGGAUUCAAACACCUUGAGAAAGAGUGAUUUGGGACGCGUAUUCUUGGCAGUGCGUGUUUUCCUUGUGAACCGAAUCCGAACUCUUAUUUUUGAGGCACUGAAGGAUUUGGUUCAUUUUUUUGCUGCUGUUGGAGAGGGCAUCAUAUCGCCUUCAAAAGCUCGGAAAAUUCCUCUUCUUGAGAUAAACCUUACUGUUGGUGACUCUGGUUUGCCAUGUUCACCUUCUUUUGCCUUGUUACGCUUUGGUCUUGCUGAUCUUUUGGAUGAGCUCGUUGAUAGCUUUAAUAAUCUUCCAAUUCCAGAGGUCAUCAUUAUGCGAACACUCGACUUUGAAAGACGCACGUUAAACUCGUUUGAUGCGGAAGAAUUACCUUUAAAAGGUGCAUUAAUUAAUUAUCUUGAUGUUGCAGGGUCCAAAAUCGAUGAAUUAAUAAGAGAAUAUUCAUGUUUUUCAACUCUACCGCCAACAAAUGGGGCUUACUUUACUCGGGCCAAAGAGGCAGUUAUAGAAGAUCGGGUUCGUUUGCUUCGUGAAAGCAUUUUGAAAAUUACAAAUACUUCUCCAGAUUUUGUGUUUUCUGGAUGUAUUGCUAUUAAUUGUACUGAGGUGAAAAAAUGGUAUGUGGAACACUGGACAAGGUAUUUGGAAAACUAUUUAACUACAAUACAAAGUGACAUUCACUCAUACAUAACAGCAACGAUAGAGAGAUGCCGUUUUUACAACGCGUGUUUAAAUAAAGAGCCAAAGACUGUCGAGGAAUUGGAAGAAAUUUCUUGUGAAAUUAUUGUUGCUGAAUCCCGGUCAAAUGAGGUUAAAAUGAAAGACUGUAAUCGAGUGAUAGGAUGGUUUGAUUGCUUAGAGACUCUUCAGGUCUCUGUGUAUACGCAACUUUAUGCUGCAGCAUUGGAUUUGAUGCGGUGCCCAAACGAAAUGAUGCAACUGGUUUUAAGAUCCAAAGAAAUAUGUACUAAAAGUAAGCCAUCUAUCAUAGAGAAAUUGGGCGAAUUUCGAACUUCUACAAGGGUCCAGGUGACAACUAUAAGUGAUGGUGUACAGGAGCUACUGGGUUUAUUUAAUCUUGAAGUAUGUGAUAUAGCCGCUCAAACUUGCGAGGAACUCCGUGCUAUUGUUGAUAAAGUUUCUAAGGGAAUUGAAUACAUCUCAUAUUGUGAACAAUCUUUGGGAAUUGAUCAAGUUGAUUCUUUUGAGGACUUUUUUCCUAUAGUAAGGACCUUUGAAGUUUUGGAACAAUUUUGGGGCGCUAUUUUUGAUUCAACUACAGUUCGGGACUAUUACAAUAUUCCCAUUAGCACACUUAAUGCCACACAAAUGAUCGAUCACGUACAACGCUGUCGACGUCUUCUUCACUUUUCCACACGUAACCUUCGGGCAUAUCCGGGAUUGGUGAGGCUUGGUCGUCAACAAGAACAAGUAUUAAAUGAUUUUGAAUGUUUGGAAGGGAUUCUUAUGUGUGUUACAGCACCAGGACUUCGAAAAAAUCACUGGAAAGAAAUAUCGCGGAUUCUUGGAAAGGAUCCUAAUACCAACUUACAAAUAGACUCUAAUGUUACACUACAGAAACUACUAGAAUCUAGGAUUCAGGAUCACUUUUAUGAGCUGAAGCAGGUGGUGGAUCCGGCUAUUGUCGAUUUUGAAACUGAAGCAUCUUUGGAGCGUAUGAAAAGUGAAGCAAAAAGGACUCGUUUUAUAUUUGAGAUUAUUGAGGGAACUGAGGAAGUUUUUGCUUUGUCUCCUUUAUGUAGGGAUUCUAUAUCUUCUCAAUUAGAAACUUUUUUGCUUGACUUAAGAGUGCUACGCGAGCAUGUUUCAGUGAGCCAUUAUGUAAUUAAUUCCAUUAAUGAAUGGGAGGCCGCUGUUGAAAAAAUGCGAUGCACUUUAUCAAAUUGGAAUGAAAUUGAAUACGAAUGGAUAGAAGUUAUGUAUUUUGGCAUGACUCUUGAGGCAAUAAGUGAUGGGGAAAUCCCUGCAGUUGAAUCACGCGAAUGGAAGUUUUUGCGAGAGAAAGUAGGAUCAAUAAAUGGUAUUUUCAGCAUUUUGUACGCGGGUUUACAAAAAACUCAAUAUACUCUUUUUACCGCCAUGAUACAGGAGAAUAUACAGGAGCAACUUACUUUAGCAUCUACUAUUCUAGGUGAUAUUCGAAAAGUGGUAAUGGGCUUAUUAGACGCAAAAAGAGAGGCCUUUCCAAGGUUUUAUUUUUUGAGUGACAGAGAGCUGAUUUCUUUUCUUUCUGUAGUCAAUAACACAAAAUUGAAACAAUUACUUUCGAAAAUGUAUAGUCGUGUGUGUGACGUUGGAGUUGAGGGAAAUUCGGUUACCACAUUCAUUGCUGCAGACGGUGCAACACUUAAGGCAGAAGUUCCAAUUCAAUUAUCUGCAGUUCCUGUUGAUAGAUGGAUGAAGUCUUUUGAAAGGACAUUGCGUUCUUCCUUGCUUCAUGAAUUACGUGCUUGUGUUGAAAGCCACUAUUAUGUUGAUUCCAUGACUUGGUUACGUGGUUCUUGUGUACAAAUAAUUGAUGUAGCUCUUCGGGUUAUUCAUAACCGAGAUUUACAUGAGGCUUUAUCGCUUGCAGGUAGUAUGGGUAUUAACGCUUAUGCAAGGCGUUUAAGGGAUCUUACAGAAGAGUAUAUAAGAAUUGCUGGUGCACAUAUGGAAAGUGGGGAACGACGGAUUGUUUCUAGUGUCAUUGUCUUUCUUUUGUGUUUUAGACGAGAAAUUCAAAUGGCUCUAAAAGCGGGUAUCCAGACAAAAGAAGAUCUUGACAAAACGGCCAUGUUAAGAACUUUCAUGGAGAAUGAUAAAAUUUUUAUACAAACAUUAGGGCUUCGUCUUCCAUAUGGUAUGGAAUUUCUAGGAAACUACACGCUUCCCGUGUUAACUCCUGAAUAUAUUGAAGGGGGAUUGUACACCAUUUUUUUAUCUUUUGCGGCAUCAUCUUUCCCGAUUAUUAUUGGGAAUCCAGAAAGGGCCUCUACGCUACAAUAUUGUGCAGAAUACUUGGGUCGUUUUUGGUGGUGUCUUCAGUGUCACCCAGCGCUUACUUUGGAAGGGAUCGUACGAGAUUUGCGUGGUGCGUUGGCUAUAGGGGCUGUAUUUUGCUUAAAAGAUAUAGACAUUCUUGAGAAACCCCUUAUUUUACCCUUUAGCAAUCUUUUUCGAAGCAUUGAGACUGCAUGUCAAUCAGGAAAGCAGCUGUGCGAUGGCGGAUUUGAUAAAAUUGGGGUUGAAAUAAACGAUACAACACAGUACGUGCAAAGGGACCCUUGCUUUCAAAUUGUUUUCACGGCACCAAGUACUGACAAAAUUCCAACGGGCCUUUCUUUUGCGUUUCGUCCUAUUUACAUAAUGCCCGUAGACCUCACUGUGGUUGCCCAAGGUGCACUUUAUAGGCUUGGGGUUUCUGGGUGGAUGACAGUGGGUCAAAGGCUGGCUUUGAUGUACGCACAACUGAUUGAGGUAUCACCUGUGAUUUUUACCGUUAAAAAUUUACUUACUGUAAUACGUGAUACUAUUGAGUUUAACAAGGUACCAGUUGCAGAAAAUCUCUGUACCUCGUUCUUGAAUCAAUUUUGGCAGGCAGUUCGUACCAAUGAACGUUUACAAAAUCUUUUGGAGUGGAAUAUGCUACACACACUUGGUGUUUCACAGGAUUUCUGGGAUGAUGCAUUGAGCCAAUUGAAAGCUUCUUCAGAAUAUGAGGCUAUCUUGGAUCGGUUCACUCGCUUCAUGAAUUCUAAUUCCAAUGUGGUGUUGUUAGGACCAGCCUACUCUGGGAAGACAAAGCUUUGGAAAGGUUGGAUAGGCGAAUUACACCACGUCGUGAUUUCCUUCCGCUUGAUGAGUUGUGCAGAAAUCUAUGGUGACGCGUGUCAACCAGGAUUGCUUAGUUCCCUAGCCAAACAGUGGGACCCGUUGGUAAACCAUGUUGUUGUUAUUGAGAACGCGAAUUUUUUGCAAACAUCCAUUAUUUUUGACACUCCAGCUUUUGUGAGGAUUCGCCCCCAUUCGGGAGCAGCUUUUAUUAAAGGGGAGAGUGUGCGUCUCAUUGCGGUGGCUUCUGAGCUUAACGCUGCCAACCCACGUGUGAUGGUUGAAUUUGCAAUUUUUGCUUUACCGGAACCCACUCGUUGGAAGAAGUUCCUUAAAGAACUUCUUAGCACUGUACCGAGUUAUUAUACGGGUGUUGCUUACCCUGUUAUGGUAACCCUGAUUGACCACAUCCUUGACACGCGUCACGUGCCCAAUCGGACGUCUGCAUCGUAUGUAAAUUUGUUCGCUGUCGCUUCUAGAUGUUCUCAGCUGUAUAAAAGAUGGUACGUUUAUGCCAAAUCACGUUGUGUGAGUCGUGAAGAGUGGAUUAGUGAUCAGGCAUUUGCCUUGCAGUGCGCCGUGUUUGCAACCACCUGGUCUCUAGGAUUGCAUCUACAUGAAAAAGAGCGUCAUGUGUUACGGGUAGCUCUCGAAAAGUCUCAGUUGAAACUAAAUAGAAUAGCUAAAGAAAUUGGUUUUACGGAAGAUGUGUUGCCGUCAACUGAGGACGAUAUUUUGCAUUACAUUGCGACGCCCGUUGGGUGGAAGAAGAUGGACAAAGCGAAAACAGCAACAUCUGAGGCAGGAUUUGCAUCCAUGUGGAGCCGGAAAUGGGAUGGCGUGGAUAUUAAUCAGCGUACAUGGUCGCAGUUUUUCCCAUUUCCUUCUCGUGAGACAACCCUAACCGCUUUGGAAUAUUUGAUUGAUGCCGGUCAGUCAGUGUUAAUUACUGGAGAGAAUGGACAGGGUAAAUCCACCAUAUUGCGUCAAAUGCGAAGCAACGAGGGGUGGGUGCAUCAGCUGGUGUGUAACAGCACCGCAUGCCGAGCUGUUGAGAUAAAUGAGGCAUUAAUGCGGAACAUGACGUUGCGUCAGUCCAAAAUAUAUGGGCCAUCUAUUGGACGGAAGCUAGUGCUAUCUGUAGAUGAUGUGAACCUUCCUGGAGAAGGACGGUUUUCACAGGUGAUGCAUCUUUUUUCUUUUAUUGAUCGCUUUUCCGCUAUAUUGUCACCGUCUCUUGGAUAUGUUCCCAUCGCCGAUGUUGUUUGCGCUGGGGCGUCGACGCCAGGGCCAUCGUAUGAAGUGGAAGUGGAAAAUGCUGUUGUGCGAGUGCGACUACCAGAGCUUGAAGAUUCUGAGAUUAUAGGAUCUCUGCAAAAACUUUUUGAUGUUGUAUGUGUGAAACGGCGUGGGUUAAAUGUUUCGAAGGAUAUAGUCACAUUUCUUGUUGCUGCACAUUCCAUUGCACUAAGGCUGAUGCCCAUCAAGCUGCGUGGGGAACGGGCAAGCGAGGACACGACUGCCACCUUAUUAGGAAAUAACGACAAUGAGAGUGUGCUUCAAGAAUAUGAGUGUUGUAGCAUUUCCGGGUUUCAAAUGACACAUGGUGUUUGUAUCUCGUUUAUGCACCACUUUUUAAAGGUAUCCGAUAAAGCCUUGCGAUUUCUUUCGAACUCAUGGGAUGAUGCUGGGGCGGCAACGGUUAUUUUUAACUUUGUAUAUGCCUUUUAUGCAAAUAUGAUUGAAUACGAGGAGGAAAAAAAGCAGUUUAAAGAAGAACUAGAGCUCUCAGCUAACAUGUGCUUGAGAAAUUGUUUUACACCAGGUCCCGUCCGCUUCGAUACCGUUCAAGACGAUAUUGAAAUGGAGGAAAAUGACGGUACGGAUCUUCCACCCUGCACCAGCGGGAAGGUUCAAGUUUGGAUGCGGGCGUAUGAAACGGCAUUGCUGUCUAACGUGAUUGAGGAGCCGCUUAAUAUUGACUCCCGUAGCAGUAUUAUUUUUUCUCCAAUUCCUCCAUCACAACAUAGACCGCCUGCAGGUUUACCCGCCGGUACGAUGGCCCCACGUCUCUCACAGAUAAAUUACGUCUCGCAUUGGCUGUCAAUACUGAUCUCAGCUCUUCAUCAAUACCUUCGGCAACCACAGACUCACGUGGCGCUUAUUGGACGAUAUGAUAACGGUAUCCGUCGAGCCCUACGUGUAUGGGGGUUUUCGUUGCGUAUUCAUGUGGCCUUCCUUCGUGAAAAUUACGUUGGACCUGAUGCGAAUGAGCAGUUUAAAAAUGAUCUUAUUCAUAUUAUACAACAAACGUGCAGAAAUGAUGGCAGAUUAGUUGUGUUUGUGCCUAACAGUGUCUUGGGGCUUGCAUGGCCAAUGGGCACGCUGGAUGCGAUUCUGCGUGGUGGUGAUGUAACGCAACUCUUUACGUGCGAAGAUUUAUUAUUUCUUCUGUACGGAAGGCGAGGCAUGCGUCGGAAUUUUAGUGGCUUAACCAUGGCCGAGUAUGGCGAGCUAAAACAGCGUAUCUGCAACCGUUUGAGUAUGGUGACACACGUAUUGAGUUAUAAGGAACUGAAUCAUUUAAGAAGUACAAUUCGCUUAAUUUCUUAUGUGAUACCGUUGUCAUUGCGCGCACCGGAGAUGUUGUCGGAACUGGUGAAUGGACUUAUAGAAGCUGAAGAAAAGAAUUGCCAACCGAUGUAUGAAGCUGUACUAAGGGGUGGUAAGCUUGGUCCCAGCGCCCUACCGAUGUCACCGGGCUCUUUGAAUUUAGCUGGGCAUCGCCUUACACAUCUUUUAUGUGACGUUUUCAAUGUCAUGAAGACAGAGCUUAACCUUGAAUUAGAACAACUACUAGAGUUUUGUUUUGAGACAAAGCGACUUUGCCAAUUCCUUGAGAGACUUCGAUGUGAUUCUGCUCAGUCACGGCAUAUCACCCAAUUACCGGCUGCCAUCAGUGCCAAGAUGAAGGUAUACAAGGAAGAUAUUGAUAAUAAAACAGAUUCGGCAAAAAUAGCGAUUCAGCAACAAAUGAAAACGCUCCUGGCUCGUUUGCAGCGUAGGGAAAAGCUUCUGCAACAUCAUGAAAGUGCCUCAACAAAUUUCCGUAAGGAAGCCGUUAAAACAGAAAUGCUUAUCAUGAGCGAGGAAGAAACCAUUCAAACACAAACUGGAAAAGUGGCUAUCAUGCUCUCCACCCUGGGAUCUCGUAUAGCAGCUACAAGAAUCUCGCAGAUUAAACAAUUUGGUAAUUUGCUCCCUUCCACAAAAGGAGCGUUGCUGAUGAAGGCGGUUUGCAAGAUUAUUGGCGAGGAACUACCUGGAGGGAGUUUAAGAGAGGUAUGGGAUAGCGGUAAAUCCAUCAUCACUUCCCCAAAAUUUAUUUCAAGAUUGUUGGCGGUGUCUCCUUGUAAAAUCAAAUAUGAGUCCCUUUCAGAACUUCAUACAUCUUUGCGUGAAGUACGUUACAGUGAACUUUCCCCGUUUGCAAGUGCAAUGGCAGAAUACGUUGGUACUCUUAUGGAGGCGGCGCGUCUUGGAGAGAUUGUGAGAGGGAAAAAUGAAAGACUGAGUAAGAUACGUCUAGAACAUUCAUACUAUUUAAGCAAGGUGGAUGCGUUUGAUUCGCGAGCAAGUGAAGUUUUGAAAAAGCUGGAAAAGGACCGUGCAGAGGUGAAACAACUGUUGAAACGCUCUGAGGAAAUGGAUGCAGUGAAAAAUGAUAGUGGUAGGCGUCAAAGCGCUCUGGCGUUGCUUUCUGACAUUGUGGAUAGAUUUAUUCCCUUUCAUCCUUCGGAAGACACAGCCACAAGAGAAGCAUUAGAGAAAAAAGGCGAGGGGGCUGUUAUCAUGGUGGCUGCCCACCGGGCACUUUUUGCCAUGCUCCCAAAGGAGCAACAGGUAUUACGCUUUCGUCAGCUGCAGUCACGCCUGAAUGGCUGGGGAAUCGCGGCACCGGAAGAACUUGAUGAUCCCAUUGUCUCAUCGCUGUUUCCGAGCGUAAACAACGUUACAAACAGUGCUUUGCUUUCCACUUGUUCCACCUAUGAACUUCUCUGCUUGGGUGCGUUACUACAACGGGUGUACUUUCACUGGCCAUUUUUUGGUGGUGCGAGUCCGGCUUUCGAGGGUAUGUUGAAACAAAUCCUUAGCAUCAUGUGUGGUGGAUGUACUGUGGCAUCUGCGUUGAGCAAAGGUUUUAAAGAGAGUUUACUCGAUGCGGCAAGGACAGGGGAUGGAUUGUUGAUCUGCGAUGCCUCUGUCGCAUUUGUGUUGCAUGAACUGCGUCCCUUGUUGUUGCUUCAGCCAACCCUACGGGAGGCAAUAAUGCACCAGAAAUCGACAAGGGUCGCUCUGUAUGGAGAAACUGUGGAUGUAAAGUCAACCUUUUACGUGGUGUGCGUUUCUUCAUCCAUUGUUCCAUUUGAAAAAUGGGGCGGUAUAACCUCGCGUUUCAUGAAUGUCACGAAUUUUCACCUCAAAUUAGAUGUGAAACAUUGUGUACAGACAACUCUGCUACAGAGUCCUAUAACCAGAGAAGAUGUGGGGAAAAAGUACUUUGGGGAUUUGUCAGUCGAGGACGGAAAUCCCAUUGAGACCUUCAAUGAGGCUCUACAUGAAGCGAGUGCACUGCUGUGCGAGGAUCUUGAUACAUUAACGGGGCCCGAUAACAGUAAACUUGCACGUCUUGACGUACUCAUUAAAGAUCUCAGCAAUUGCCAUGGGCGCGUGUUGCGUCUUAAAUCGAAUCAAGAGAAUGUCAUGAGGCAAUUAAAGGACACAUGGAAAUAUCUUAAGCAGGGUAUCUAUUCUGUGGAGAGUGCAAUAAGAGUGAUUGAGGAGAGUAUUCUUGGUAGGCACUGGGAACCACGUAAGCUGGAGCCAUUUAUCAUAGGUGCAAAAGAGUUAUUGCGACCCUAUCAAUCACGGAUAUCACCACACACUUUUGAUGCUCUUCCAGAAGCACACAAGGAAUUCUAUGCCACGAUAAAUUUUGUUGAGAGAGUUAUACAAGUGCUGGGAUGCGGCUGGCCGUGUGAAUUCCGUGGGAUUUUUGCAUGGUAUAUUCUCUCCAGUGCAAUUAUUGGCUGCGAUCUCCUCCUGCAGCUACGUGGGGAGGUAUAUUCCCCAUUGACAGUUGUGUUUAAUAAUGAACAAUAUAAAGCACUGGAUCGCCUAGUGAAUCGAGGAAGUAAUGUCAUUGUUGAAGAAUAUGUGCGUGAAGUAUACGCGGCAUCUUCCGAUUCGAUCCUCAAAAAUGUCGUGCAUCAAUUCCCAGUGUCAAGCAACAGCACGCUUGAUUUUAACAGAUGGGGGGAAGAGGGCAUUAUUUCUGGGAGAGAGGAUGCUAUUCGUUGCUUCUUCCAUUACUGGUUGAGGUUGGACUACGCGACGUGUGAUACGUUAGCAUCGCACCUCUACAAUGCAUUUCUAUUCUCCAUAAAGGAGCCGAAUAAUGAGGGAUUGAGUGAGAUGAACCCGUUGUAUGACUACAUGGAAAAACCCCCCUCAGACGUUUAUUGCCUUGAGGAAUGGCUGCGGUUGAGUUUAAGUGCCUGCAUUCCACUCUGCGUGGUAUCGAUGAACGCAAACCAGACCGUAAAACAUUACGAGCGAUAUUUCAAGUCAAAGCGUUUAUCCUAUCACUUUUGUCAUGUUUCUACUACGGAAGAGGUGGAUCAGCUGAUGAAGACGGUUUCGGUGUGUUUUUCCGACCGCCCAGAGCAACAGGGACGUGGUCAUUGCAUCUUGGCCAUGUUGACCCCCCCGGAGGAUGCUUCCGAUGAGGCGGUGUUUGUCCAGUCCUUGUCGACACAUCUCUCACGCUACUGUCGAUAUGGUGUGUGGGAGCCGGUGAGGAAUGGAGGUAGAACGCGUUUCCCGGUGCUCUUGUGUUGCGUCGUGUGUGGAGUUCCAGGCAGAGAAACUGACUCACCCAACACAACGAAGAAAAAUAAUGCGUGUAUCCAUAUGCUGGAGGAGUGGUGCCUCACUCUGACACACGACACGUCAUUUUCGCGAUUUUAUUUAUUUUCCAUCCUGCAGGACCAAAGUAUUUUUCCGCCGUGGGAGAGGGAAGGGACGACGCUCAUGCUUGAAGGGCCAGCUUCAUUGCGCCUUGGCGAAAACAAGAAGGGUGUUUCUCGGCGAAGCGGUAAUCGCACGCCGUCAACCUUUAAACUUGCAAAUGCAAUUGAACUACAUACAGGCCUUGUUACUGGACAGGUUAUGCUACGCGACCUGUGGGCGAAGGAGAGGUCUGGUGUUGCCUUCCCCUCACUUUGGCAAGCAACCGUUGACCGGGAUGAUCUCACUAUCAUCCUUCGGCUUUUGGCCUUGUGGUUGCGAAAAGAGAACAACACGGAGACUGAAUCAAGGAAGGGACGAUCGCUCCGCUUGUCAGGCCGGCCAGAUAGUAGAGCCCCUCUUUCUGAUACUGUUUCCCCCGAUACUUCUAAAGCCCAACAGGCUUUACUUGAGAACGCGUUUGCCAAAUUUGCAUUUGGGAUCUAUGCAGCUCGCAUGACUACUCGCAGGUUCCGAUUGGCCGUGAGUGAGGUGCUAAGUCAAAGAGCAUCCUUGAAUACAUCGGAGGGAGGCAUCAGGGAAGAUGCAAGGAAUUUCAGCGUGAGUAUUGCAAUUGAAGAAGCCUCAAAGGCUGGGCUUUCAGAGACGGGGUUUUUGGCAGAGCUUCGAAAUUCAAAUGAAGACUUUCUUGGCCUUUGUGAGGAUGAGUCAUCCGCUGUGGCGUACCGCGAUCUACUGGAUGCUUCUCUCCAGAAAAUUAUUUACGGCACCUGUGAAUCACCCACGUGGACGAGGUUGAAGCAUAGCGUGGGUCUGGAUCCGCGCACAUCUGACCCGACGGCAUAUGCAGUGGAUUUGAAUCAAGCCCCGUCGAGGGAUCUCAUUCAGUUGCUUUUUCUCUGGGAAAAGGAUCACAUGGAGGGUCUUCUGUCGGUGUUGCAAGAGAAGGGGCAAAAUGCAGUCGUUUAUCGUGUGCGGGCGGCCAUGGGGCAGCUAACUCGUUGGGUGCCUGGAGAGACACUGACCGUGUGGUUGCCCGCUCUGCAGCAUCCACGGCUACUACUUUAUGCCUUUGCGGCGCGGGCGGUGAGUCGAAAGCUAGAUGAAUUAAAUCGUGUUGAAAUGGUGUUGGUCAUGUCAAGACGGUACAGUCUCUUGCAUGACGAUAUUAUUCUUUUUGGAGCGGCGCCUUCCGAGACGCUGGAGCAAGAAGUGCUGCAUCGCACGGAUUGGGAUGCUGCCCAUCUUGCGUGGAAGAAGGACGUUGACGAAAAGGACCACGAGGAGGACAUUGUCUUAGCUGUGCGGUUUCAAAAGGUUUCCAAUACAAAUACGGGAGGACAGUCGGGUGAUUUGCUGUGGGAGGUGUCUCCGGGCGAAAAACGAGUGGAUGUUUCCUUACCUCGUGGAGCCCGAGCCAGCGUCGUGUUUUUGACAGAGACGUCGACGGGUUCCCCCCUCAAAACAUUGGAGAUACGAUCGACGUGUCCUCUCCCUGUAUUAUGCGCGUCUGCUGCAGUAACAGGGAAUGGGAGGGAGGUUGAGUGGCCCCUCCUCCUUGACAUGCCGCUGCAUGUCAUAUGGAGGGGAACUGAUAACCUAUUGAAGAGAAGAAAGUCAUCUUCGAUCAGACGUUACUCGACGUUAGGGGAAGAAGACUCAUUAAUGCGGUCGACACGAAGAUCCAUAGUAGAUGUGCCUUCUUCUGCACUCAGCAACAGUCUGAGUUUCUUUGUGACGAUUUCGUAG